CAAACUCGAGCAGAUGAAUUCUGUCUGGGCUGUGAGUAAGAUGGCACUUCAGCGAUGCUUACUGGUGGUUUAUCUGUGUCUCUUCUGGAAUGAGCGUGCCACUGGGCAGCCUUGUGCAGAUGGAUACAUACGCGACACCAAUGGAACAUGUGUCGACAAAGACGAGUGUCUCUCUGAUCCAUGUGGGCCCAAUACAAUUUGCCACAACACUGAAGGAAGUUUUUACUGUACUUGUAAUCGAGGGUUUUACUCAACCUCUAUCGAUCGUCAGUUUGCUGGUAAAAACGAGUCCUACUGUAAAGAUUACAAUGAGUGUGAGACGACUACAACAACAUGCGGAAAUAAUGCAAGCUGCCAUAACAAUGCAGGGAGUUUCUAUUGUACAUGCCAUGAAGGAUUUGCCCGAGCAAGUGGUGAAAGGACUUUUACUGGAUAUGGAAAAGGGUGUCAAGAUGUUAACGAAUGUCACUCCAGCCCAUGCGGUUCUCAUGCCAACUGUACAAACACAGUGGGGAGUUAUAUCUGUACGUGUGACCCUGGCUUUAUAUCAUCAUCUGGAGGGAGCAGAAUGCAUCGCACCGAUACAUGUAUCAAAUUUGACUGCUCUUCUGAUGAAGUUGCCAAAUGUUCCCGCGUAGCCAUGGAGACGGAGUCGAUGCAGGGGAACAGUUCAGUUCCGGAGUAUGAUGAUCCAACUUGCUCAUUCAUCAGCUUCUUCCGCGAUUAUAAUGUGUGUGAAAAACUGCACAGCCAAGAGGACUUUGACUCUGAGCAGUAUCUGAAGAACCUCACUUCGUUGACAGGGGAGCUUCUGAGAAACCAAUCCCUUCUGGAAAAUCUGGGAGCGCAGAAUCGACAGAGAGCCCUGGAGGUGUCCUUACAGACCAUGGAAAAUUCAGUGAUAGCUUUCGCAUACACACUCAGUGAUCAGGAAAAGAAAAACAUGUCAUUUGGAAAUAUCGAGGUUCAAAUGGAGGUGAUACGAGGGCGUAACUUCUCAGACGAGGAAACUGCAUCACUGUCGGCAAAGGGGAACCAGAUGGAUAUCCACUGGCGGGCGGUCACUGACGGAGAGGAUCCUGGUUUUGCCGGCGUUGCGCUCAUCGCCUUCUCUGAGAUGGACACGGUGCUGAAUGGUUCCCUGGAUAGCAAAGAGGAUGGUAGCCUACGGCUGAAUUCCCAUGUUCUGACCGUCACCUCCACCCGCAAGAACGGCCAGGCCCUCAUCGAGCCCAUCAACGUCACCUUCCGCAACGCGAGGGAGAAGAAACCUCGAGUCCAAGUUGUCUGCGUCUCCUUGAACCGCACGCGAAGCGGAAACCAUUGGUCCCGAGUAGGCUGCACUGUGGUAAAGUCUAACACGACACACACGACCUGCAUGUGCACACACCUAACCAGCUUCGCUGUGCUUAUGGCACUGUAUGAGAUCCAGGAUCCCUGGCAUCUGCUGAACCUCAGUCUGAUGUCAUACAUAGGAAUAAGCAUCUCUCUCGUGUGUCUCAUCAUUUCUUUCAUCACGUUCCUGGCAUGCCGGGCAAUUCAAGGCACUCGUACUACCAUCCAUGCCCACCUGUGCCUGUGUCUGUUCCUAGCAGAGCUCCUGUUCCUCGUUGGCAUCUCCCAAACCAAUCACCAGCUCGCUUGUGCAUUCAUCGCCGGCUUUCUGCAUUACUUCUUCCUGACUGUGUUUGCCUGGAUGUGCCUGGAAGGGAUACAGCUCUUUCUAAUGGUGGUGAAGGUUUUCAAUGCAGGCUGCCUCAGAAAGCGGCACAUGCUCCUGUUUGGUUACGGGCUGCCACUUCUAGUUGUUGGGAUCUCAGUCGCCAUCAACAGGGAGGGCUACGGAACAAGCAAACAUUGCUGGCUCUCCCUGGAAAAGCAUUUUGUGUGGAGCUUCCUGGGACCAGUCUGUGCGAUUAUAAUGAUUAAUAUGGUUUUCUACAGCAUAACUCUGUUCAAGUUGGCAAGGAAAAUGUCCUCCAUUCAGAAAGACGCACCUAAACUGAAGAAGUUCAGGUCAUUCACAGUGGCAGCAAUUGCUCAACUAUUUGUCCUGGGCUGUACCUGGAUAUUUGGGAUUUUCCACUUUCAAAAAGAAACUAUCAGCAUGGCUUAUAUAUUCACCGUCAUCAACAGCCUACAAGGGGCGUUCAUCUUUAUUCUUCACUGUCUACUCAACAAACAGGUGAGGGAUGAAUACCGGAAAUUGUUCCCAUGCUGCUUAAAGCCUAUCCUGUACUCUGACUUCAUGCAGACAUCCAGUGUCCCAAUGGUCAGCCUGCAGUUGAAGAAUGGCUCAACAUACAGAACAGAGACCAUCAGCUGUCACAACGCAGCAUGAACAACCUCUCCCCAUCAGUACAUCCGGAGAAGGGACUACCAUGCACUUUAUUGCCAGGAUUUCGCUGGGCUGUAUCCUCGCAGGGAAUACGUUGUGGAUCUUCCACUGGGAUGCUGUUUCUGAGUAUUCCCUAACAAUGGGCUGAAUGAUUUGUACACUGACAGAAACCAUUGCAUGAAGGAACGAUUAGAAUUGAAAUGAACCUGUGUCCCAGCGUAAGAAGAUCCAUGUUUGACAUGUGCAUUCAACAUCAAUGAAGUCUUUCAGUGGGACACCUCUUUCCGUAAUGUGUUGGGAGUAUUUUGCAUUGUACAGUAAGUUUACCAUAAGCUAUUGAAACUUCAUGUCCAAUGUGUUUUUUUGAAAUGUCCUAAAUGGUUCCAGAGGAACACACCUGAUGGCUAGUCCUGCCUCUGGAGUUCUGCGCUGCCAUGCUUUAUUAUCCUGACAUUUUAAGUUAUAUUUUCUGCCAGCACUUUUCUCAACUUUGUAAAUAAACGUGUAGAAAUCUAACGGAGGUGAACUUCUGAACUGAUCGCCAUUAUUUCCAUCAAGGCAAUAGUGCUGCUGUGGUAAUGUCACUCACAUAGAGGGCUGGGUUAAUAUUCAGGAGUUUAAAUCCCACUAUAACAGCGAGUUGAAUUUAAAAUUUGAUGAAUAAAUCUGGAAUUGAAAAAUAUUCACAGUAAUGGUGACCGUGACUUACCAUCUGUUAUUAACCUACCGCUAUGCUGUUGUCAGGGGAGGCAAUGGUCAUGUGGUUUUAUUGCUCGGCUAUCAAUCCAGGAACUCAGCUGGGGAUCUGGGUUCAAAUCCUACCACAGCAGGUGGUGCAACUUUAAUUCAUUUUUUUUAA